GCGUCGUGCUCCAGCCCCUGUGCGGAUGCUGCAAAGCACGGAGGAUAUCGGCAUAGUGGUGAUGACUGCGAAGCAGCAUUUGGGUUCCAGAAGUGUUUGGGUCAACAAGACCUGGGGCAAGCGCUUUCCCAACCUGUUCUUUGCUAGCAGCCGCGCGACCAGCCAGCAAGAUCUUGACGGACGCCUGAGACUUUGGCCCAUCAAAGCUCCGCCAGACUUCCUGGAGCGGUUUCCUGCAGAUAGCUACCAGAGUCACGUCUACAAGGGCCACUUGGGGCUUGCUCGUCUCUACAAGCAGCAGCCAGAUUUGCCCUGGUACUGCUUGUCUGGGGAUGACGUCUACCUCUUCGAGCCCUGGCUGCUGGAGGCUCUCCAGGACGCUUCUUCUCAUCCGGCUGAAGAAGCGGUUUGUGCUGGCCACGUAAACACACUGCCCUGGAAGCAUGCGAAGGAAACUUUCAAGUGGAUGUCGGUCAAGUGCGCACACACUUUUGGUGCGGAUUUCGAGGGUGCCAACUGUGUCAAGCAUGCCUAUGACAUCGUGCGUCCCUUUAUCAACGUCUCUGUCAUCUAUGGGGCUGCGAUCUUCUGCACCAAUGCAGCAAUGGCCAGGCUUGCACCAUAUUUACCCACGGCAUUGACAAAGGGCUACAUUCACAUGUGGGAAUCUCAGGCUGCGCCAAUCGAAGGCACCGAGGCUGUGCACGUUGGAGACCUCUUUCGGGACUAUCUCCCUGUCUCGGAUGUUCUGCUGGCACUUUGCAUGGAGGAGCAUGGCAUCAGGAUCUAUGAUUUUGAUGAUGGCGGCUAUUGGGGUGGAGACUUUCUCCCAGGGUCUAUCCUGGAAAACAUCUGGGAUCCAUUCUGGAAACCUGCAGAGCUGGUCCUGGCGCAGCGACCAGCGCUUUGGCACAAGAUUGUAGAGGCGAAUCAGUUCCAGAUGCUGGAAUACUGGUAUGGAUUGAUUCGCUCACUCUCAGAU